CUAUCAACAACGUAAAUUAGUUUUCGCCUUCUCUUCCGUUAGAUGCUUCCGGUUUCGUAGUCCUGGACUGUCGCGAUUGUGUGAAACAUGGAGAAGCAAAAGAAGAGCAAUGGUGAGGAAGAAGCGAAGAGGUCGAAUCGCCAGAAGACGUUUGGAGCAAGCUCUCUUCCAUUUAGCGGAGACGUCUACUCUGGCUUGGUCGGAAGCAUAGUUGAAAAGGGUAUAGUUGAGAAGCCACCGAGCAAGCUCACUUCCAUUUCUUUACCUAAACCCACGGUUCUUCCUUUUCCUGUUGCUCGCCAUCGCUCCGAGGGUCCUUAUUGGCGACCUGUGAAUAGUAAAAUGGAUGAUGAUAACAAUGAUGAUAGUGAUAAUAAUUUUGAAGAUGAUGAAGAUAAAGAUUUUAUGGAGUUUGACCCAGUUAAAGCCCAUGCUAACCCAGUGCAAAGGAGGAACAAAAAGGGGUUGGAUUUUAGCAAGUGGAAAGAGUUCAUUCAGGAAGAUAAUUCUCCCUUGGAGAAGAAAUCCGAAGAAUCUAUGUUACACUUCAGGCAACCCAAGGAAAAGAAAAUGGAUGAUGAACAAGGUAAGACUGAAGACAAAGGAACCCUUUCUUCUGCUGAUACAGGCAUCACUACUUUUCUGGAAGCUGAAGCUAAACCACAGUCAUAUAGCUCUUGUAGUGGGAUUAUCAUUCAGUCACGCCCAUGGAAUUGGAUAACUCAAACAAGCUAGGUCUUCAGGAAACUACUAAAGAUGCCAGAAUUUAUGAUGUUGAAGAAGCAUCAAAAUAUGAGGCUGGAAGCAACCAAAUUAACUCUAAAAGAAUGCCUGGUGACAGUUUUGGAUCACUUGAUGUGCUAAGUAGACCAGAGCAAAAUAGUUUGACUUCAAGUAUGGAUUCUUGUUCUAGUGCUAACAAACAUUCAAAUGAACCAGUUUCAAUGUCUCUUGAGAGUCAAAUCGAUGCUGAGAAUCAAGCUCGGAUUAAGCAAAUGUCAGCUCAGGAGAUUGCAGAAGCCCAGGCUGAGAUUGUGGAGAAGAUGAGUCCUGCUUUACUCACACUACUACGAAAGAGGGGUGAAGAAAAACUGAGGAAAAAGAGUAACUCAAUCUUAGAAGUCAGUACUGGUCGUGAAUCUGUGAUUCAACAUGCUGAGAAUGUCAAUGAUGCAAAAUUUUCUCUGCGUGUUAAGAAUGAUGUCUCCAAUAUUUUGGCAACACCACCCUUAGAAAAUAAAGAAAAUAAGCUAGAUGAUCAGAACUAUAUGACAAUGACAUCAGCCACUGGAAGUAGCAGUUCAUGGAAUGCUUGGAGUGGCAGAGUGGAGGCUGUUAGGGAAUUGCGAUUUUCCUUGGCUGGGGAUGUUGUUGAAAAUAGCAUUGAUUUGGUGUCUAUAAAUGAUAAUUUGACUGAACGUGAUUACCUGAGAAGUGAGGGGGAUCCUGGUGCAGCUGGUUACACAAUCAAAGAAGCUGUGGCACUCACUAGAAGUGUGGUUCCUGGGCAAAGGGCACUUGCACUGUGUCUCCUUUCGUCUGUGCUUGAGAAGGUGUUAGACAACAUUUGCAAACACAAAGUUGGGCAUUUGGUGAGAAAUGAAAAUAGAAUGAACACUGUUGACUGGGAGGCUGUUUGGGCCUUUGCUCUGGGCCCUGAACCUGAGCUUGUGUUGGCACUUAGAAUGUGUCUUGAUGACAACCACAGUUCUGUAGUUCUAGCCUGUUUGAAGGUCAUUGAGUGUGUGCUGAGUUGUGAUGUGAAUGAGAAUUUCUUUGAUAUCUCAGAGAAAAAGGCAACUUAUGACAGGGAUAUCUGCUCUGCUCCUGUGUUUAGAACUAAGCCUGACAUCAAUGUUGGUUUUCUUCCUGGUGGAUUUUGGAAGUAUAGUGCAAAGCCUAAUAUUCUUCCUUUCCACGAGGAUUCUAUUGAAGAUAAGACUGAAGAGAAGCACACAAUUCAGGAUGAUAUAACAGUUGCUGGACAGGAUUUUACUGCAGGUCUAGUUCGGAUGGGAAUCCUUCCUAAACUUCGUUACCUUUUGGAGACAGACCCUACAGCAGCUUUGGAAGAACGUAUUAUGUCUAUAAUGGUUGCCAUAGCCAGGCAUUCACCCUCAUGUGCAAAUGCAGUCUUAAAGUGCCAAAGGCUAAUUCAGACAAUUGUGCAGAGAUUUAUGGUUGACAGCAUAGAAAUUCGACCUUCUCUGAUAAAAUCUGUGACCCUCUUCAAGGUCUUGGCCCGGUUGGACCGGAAAAAUUGUUUGGAGUUUAUAAAGAGUGGGCAUUUCAAGGCUAUGACAUGGCAUUUGUACCAACAUCCUUCCUCCACUGAACACUUGAUGAAGUUAGGUAAUGAAAAAUGUAAACUUGGGUCAGCGCUGAUUGUUGAACAGUUACGUUUCUGGAAGGUUUGCAUUCAGUAUGGAUAUUGUGUAUCAUAUUUCUCAGACACGUUCCCCACCUUGUGUAUGUGGCUAAACCCUCCUUCAUUCAGAAAACUUGUUGAGAAAAAUGUGUUGUAUGAAUCUGCUUCUAUCUCAAGGGAGGCUUACCUUGUUCUGGAAUCACUGACUAGGAGACUCCCUAAGUUCUUUUCACAGCAGUGUCAAAAACUUCCAGAAUUUACUGAUGCUGAAACAGAGGUCUGGUCUUGGAGUUUUGUUGGUCCUAUGGUUGACUUAGCCAUGAAGUGGAUAGAGACCAGAAGUGAUCCAGAAGUAUCUAAAUUAUUUGAGGGACCAAAAAAAGUGAGAGCAGACUUUGCUUCCCAAGAUCUAUCUGUGACUUCUUUGCUGUGGGUGUAUGCAGCUGUUGUUCACAUGCUUUUCAGAGUCCUUGAAAGGUUGACACCAGAGGAUGCUAUUAACUCAAAUGAAAGUGGUGGGCCUGUACCAUGGCUUCCAGAAUUUGUUCCAAAGAUUGGACUUCAAUUGAUUAAGUUCUGGCUUUUGGGUUUUUCAGUUUCCUCUGGCACAAAUGGUGGCAGACCUGAUGGAUGUGAAUCGUUUAUUGAAGAGCUAAUUUUUUUGAGAGAGAAUGGUGAUCAUGAAAUGUCUAUGGCUUCUGUCAAUUGCCUGAAUGGAAUGGUCAAGGUGAUCAGUACACUUGAUCAUUUAGUCAAGUCUGCCAAGAAUGGGAUCUGUGGUCUCCCUCCCCAGAACCAAACCUUCUCAAAGGAAGGAAAAAUGCUUGAGGAUGGCAUAUUAAAUGCGUCUUGUGUUAAUCUAAAGUUGACUGAUGUUUUUACAAAUUUAGUUGCUUCAGGGUGGCAAUGCAUGCUCUCUAUUGAAACAUUUGGCAGAGGAGGACCUGCUCCAGGAGUGGGAAUUGGCUGGGGUGCCCCUGGUGGAGGAUUUUGGUCACAAAGCAUUUUAUUGGCACAAACGGAUGCAAUAUUUCUCGUUCAUUUGUUGGACACUCUUAAAAAUCUUUUUGUUAAUACAUCCAUAGCUGAAGAAACAGCCUUCAUCACCCAAAGGAUUAAUUCUGCCUUGGCUUUUUGUUUAAUUGCGGGACCAGGGGAUGGGAUUUUUUUGGAAAAGGCAGUAGAUCAAUUGUUUGAUGUUUCUGUUCUGAAGUAUCUUGAUCUCUGCAUUCAGAAAUUCCUUCUUGAGAGGAGAGGUGAAACAUUUAGGUGGCAAUAUGAAGAAGAGGAUUACCGGCAGUUCAGUAGACUUCUAUCAUCUCAUUUCAGAAGAAGAUGGUUGUCUGUAAAGCUGAAGUCCAAUGCUGCAGAUGACAAUAACGUUUCUGGAGCCAAAACCUAUCAAAAGGGUAAUGCUCAUUUGGACACCAUUUAUGAGGAUGUAGACAUGUCAACUGUGACAAGACCAUCCUACAGUUCUUUAACUGUAGAAUGGGCUCGCCAGAGACUACCUCUUCCAGUCCAUUUUCAUCUUAGUCCAAUUUCGACAAUAGUUCACAGCAAGCAAUCUGGUCCUAAAAAAUUUUCUAGUUCGAACAUACACGAUCAAACUAAUUUGCUUGAAGUUGCAAGAUCUGGGCUUUUCUUUGUUUUAGGUGUUGAAGCAAUGUCCAAUUUUCAACACACUGACUUUCCUUCUCCUAUCCAGCAUGUAUCAUUGACCUGGAAGAUACAUACCUUAUCUGUCAAUUUCCUUGCUGGAAUGGAAGUGCUGGAACAGGAGCAGGGCAAGGAAACUUUUGAAGCUUUGCAGGAUCUAUAUGGUGAGCUUCUAGAUAAAGAAAGGUCUACCAGAAGGAAUGAAGUUAUUCAAAAUAAUAAUAGCCAUCCUGAGUUUCUGAGGUUCCAAUCUGAGAUUUUUGAAAGUUAUUCAACAGUCAUUGAAGACCUUGUAGAGCAAUUUUCUGCUAUAUCCUAUGGUGAUCUGAUUUUUGGCCGGCAAGUUGCACUUUAUUUACACCGUUGUGUUGAAUCUUCCAUUCGACUUGCUGCAUGGAAUGCAUUAUCUAAUGCUCGUGUUCUGGAGCUGCUUCCACCUUUAGAGAAAUGCAUUUCUGGGACUGAAGGUUACCUUGAUCCUGUUGAGGACAAUGAAGGGAUCUUGGAUGCUUAUGUCAAGUCAUGGGUUUCUGGUUCUCUUGACAGGGCUGCUAUUCGUGGAUCAGUUGCAUAUUCUCUGGUCGUCCAUCAUCUUUCCUCUUUUCUAUUUCAUGCCUGUCCGGCAGAUAAGAUGUUCCUGCGGAACAGGCUCUUUAGGUCUCUCCUACGAGAUUAUGCUGAGAAGCAGCAACAUGAGGGAAUGAUGCUGAGUCUCAUCUGCCAUAACAAGCCAUUAACAUCUGAGAUGGAUGAGCGGAAGGGCGACAUGUUGCAGGAGAAGAGCUGGUUGGAGCCGAGGCUUGAAGUUUUGUCCGAGGCUUGUGAGGGAUAUUCCUCUCUUUUGACACAAGUAAACAAGCUGAAGGCAAUCAUCUUAGGGAAUAGUUAAGAUUUGUGCCUUGUAGCUCACUUAAUUUAAGUUGUACAUAAUGACAAGAUAUACUGGGAAAACCACGCAUGGAAAUGAAGGGCAUAUUAUAUGGGAAAAUUUAGGCAAUUUUGUGGUCAGUUCUGAUCAAAUAAUUUUGAUGGCUAUGGCCUGAGAUAAAAGCUGCUCUUUAGAAUUAGAAGGGUGGCAUUUUAGUUAGUCUUGUUGGGUAAGUGGAUUUUUAUUUUUUAUUUUUGGGGUACAAUAGGAGAAUGUGUGUGUGUGUGUGUACAUACUGAAUCUAGUUCAAAUAGUUUGGAGGGGAACCCCAUCACUAAUUUAUUUGACAUGUACAAUUUAUUACUUGAACUCCUUUUGUGGCUGUGGCUUUUAUCUGUCAGUAAAAUCAUCGUGUGGCAAAUCAACACAGCCUAAAGUGAUACGUUUCCUUUUCAAA